AUGUUGUGCCAAAAAUUCUCGCUAAAGCAUUGGCUCCGGAAUACGUCGAAAAUCGAGGCGAUAUAUUAUGGAUUCGCGGGGCUUCAUAUUGGUGGAUUUACUGUUACUUUUGCGAAUCUGGGCUUCUACAUCAUCUACAAGGAUUCUGAAGACCCAACUUCAGAAGAACAUCUCCCCCUCGGCGCCCUAUUGGCCCUAAUUCUUCUGAAUGUUGCAUGGCUUAUUCUGACGAUCGUCUCUUUUGUCAUUACGGUAAUCGGGAUGCGGAAGAGGAUAUUGCUGCUGGCCCAUGCUUAUCCUGCAUUUAUCGGAAUAGACAUCCGAAUCUAUGCAAAUGAUUUAACCGAUGGGUUGCUAUCCGAAGCCUGGUAUCAGGUGGGCCUGGCGUGCUAUUUCUUGCCCCUGAUCGUGUUAUUGGAGUGGCUGUCGGUGAAAUGUUGGCGGGAUACGGGAAUGGACAUUCGUAUUUAUGCAAAUUUCUUGACGGGUGGUCUACUUUCUGAGCAAUGGUAUCAGGUAGGUGCCGCGUGCUAUUUCUUGCCCCUAAUCCUUCUCCUCGAAUGGCUGGCCAUCAAAUGUUGGAGGGUUACGGUGGAAAGGGCAAGAAGACAAUGUAUACAGUACCGUACGAUUCACACGAUUGUA